AUGGCGUUUCCAUCCAAAGAUGAGGUCCAAGCGGCCAUCGACAACUACAUCGCCGAUUUGGCACAGCCUCUGCGUGCACUCAAUAAGCAGAUCUUUGAAAAUCCUGAAUUGGCAUACAAGGAAUCCUAUGCCCAUGACAACAUCUGCAACUUUCUCGAGUCACUGAGUAUUCCUACUACUCGGCACGCCUACGGCCUUCGCACCGCGUUUGAGGCCACAGCCAUAGCUGGCAAACUUGAUGGUCGUUGCGUGAACUUUAAUGCAGAAUACGACGCUCUUCCCGAUCUUGGACAUGCCUGCGGGCAUAACCUCAUUGCAACUGCUAGUAUCACGGGUUUCGUGGCUCUGGCAUAUGCCAUUGGUAGAUUUGGUAUUCCCGGUCAAGCCCAGCUCCUCGGCACACCGGCCGAAGAAGAUGGCGGUGGUAAAAUUGAUUUGAUCCGUGACGGGGCAUACAAAAAUGUGGAUGCUUCUUUGAUGGUGCACCCCAUGGCCGAGGAAGAAUUUGUCAAAUCCCAAGUCAUCGGCAUCGCAGGCCGAUCUUCUAUUUCCUGCUACGAUAUUACAGCCGUCUACCAAGGCGUCAGCGCCCAUGCAGCUGCUAAUCCUUGGGAAGGAAGGAAUGCCCUCGAUGCGCUGGUCAUGGCAUAUAAUGGAAUCUCAAUGCUACGCCAACAGAUCGGUCCAAAUGAGCGAAUUCAUGGAGCAAUCUUGCAGGCUCCAACGGCCACCAACUCCAUCCCAGAGCUGACAUGCACCAAGUACACCAUCCGCAGCCGAACGAUGCACGGCGCACGAGAACUGGGGGCCCGUGUGAGAAAGUGUCUGGAAGCUGGAGCUACCGCUACUGGAUGUACUGUGAAGAUAGAGGAAAACCAGGUCUUUGCCGAUUUGGUCGUGAACCCGCCCCUGUGCGAAAGCUUUCAGGAAUGUAUGAGCGAUUUGGGGGAGACUAUUCUGGCCCACGAUGAGCUUCUCAUGAGCGGAUCCACCGACCAGGGUAAUGUGUCUCAGAUAGUCCCUGCUCUGCACGGCCUCAUUGGAAUACCGGUGCGCGAUGGAGCUAAGAAUCAUACGCGGCAGUUCACUGCGGCAGCUGGAACGGACGAGGCCCAUCAGAGAAUGAUCACGGCUGGGAAAGCAAUGGCAAUGACCGGAUGGCGUCUGCUAGUGGACGAUGCGUUUUACCGCAAGACUCGCCAUGCAUUUGCCGAAAUGAUGGACAGUAUAUAG